UCAUUUAUAUUGUGCUCUAUAAAUUGCUCUCUCACUCCCUUCAUAACACAACCACCAACGAGGCCUUUAAGAAACUCUACAGUUAACAGUUGAUACUUCGAUGGCUGAUUUUCGACAGCAUAUGCAGAGUUUCAGGCCUUGUCAACCUUUCUCAGAGAUAGAUAUGAACAUGGAAAUGUUUAAGCAGUUUGCAGAGCUAAAGCCAAGCAUGUUGGACAAUUUCAACAUUCCAAACUUCUCAUUAGAAACUCCUUUGGUCCACCAGCAACUCGAGUUUCCAGCAAACUGUAACCAUAACAAUCUUUUUACUAAUUUUCACACUGCAGAAAGCCUCAUUACAAUGCCAGUUGUUCAAAACAUAACAGCAAAUUUAGAUGUUUUCCAUGAAAACAAGCAAAGAGAAGCGCCAGAACAAUCAACUAGUAUCUCCAAGAACAUUUCUACUUCAGCUUCAACAGCUGGCUUUGAAGGAGACACCAACAGAAAAAGAAAAAAUAGAUUAGGAAAAGGGAAGAAAGUCAGCAGCGAUGAAAAAGAGGAUGAGAAAGCAGAGGAAGUUAUUCAUGUUAGAGCAAAAAGAGGUCAAGCCACUGAUAGUCACAGCAUAGCAGAAAGGGUGAGAAGAGAAAAGAUCAACAAGAAAAUGAGGUGCUUGCAAGACCUUGUUCCUGGAUGUCACAAGACCAUGGGAAUGGCAGGGAUGUUAGAGGAAAUAAUAAAUUAUGUCCAUUCAUUGCAGAAUCAAGUUGAGUUUCUCUCCAUGGAGCUUGCUGCUGCUUGUUCUUCUCAUGACUUGAACUUUGAAGCUGAAUCUAGCAAAAAGGCUCAGGGAACCAAUUCACAUGAGUCACAAGAGAUGGAGAAAUGGGCAAGAGAAGCAUAUGGAGAGUACACUUGCUUCCACUCAACAUGGUCCCUUUGACUCUACUUUUGGCCCAUAUUCUCCCCAUUGCUAUACUCAAAGCACAUGUAUAUGCUUCGAAUGCCUCUUUGAGGCAAAUCAAAUCUGUUUCCGAUUUCGUUGCAAAUGUUCCAAAUAUAUAUGCAUUGCAUCACAAAGGGUUGAGAAGUAAAGUACAAAAGCCUUUAUUCCUAUUUUUUUGGUCCAGUUUAAGGUCUAAUUUCUCCUUAGUAUAUGACUUCAUAAUUAUCUCUUUGAUUUGAAGCAUCCUAUAUGUAUUUGAUGCUAGCAUGUCAUCUAGACCCGUUAAUCAGAAAAUGGCUUUGAUGGGA